AUGGACAGGGCGUUUGCAACGCCUUGUAGUGCAAAUCCUCGCAGGGUCUCGCCUGGCAACUCCCUCACGCUCCAGAAUCACGGCCUCACCCGCGAUGCCUCACUCCGCGCUAGUCCGGGCUCAGCACCUUCCAACCUGAACGCUAUCACUUCCUCCCCACGCCGACAGUCGUCGGGCAAUAGCCACGAGACUGGCCAGAGCGAUCCCAAGAAAUGGUUUGACCGCUCAAAUCAAAAUGCAACUGCAACAUUUGAUUCCAACGGCAUGGAUGUCGAUCCUCCCUUCUUCCAAAAAAGUUCGGGAUCAUCUACCGAAGACCGAGUCGGCUACAAUAAUCUAGCUAUUCCUUCACACCUUCAACCACAACAACAAGAAACACAAAGUAGCAGCGCCGACGACUACCGCAGCGUCAUCGACGACUUGACAGUCGAGAUCCAGAAACUCAAGGAUGAGCUGAAACGCUAUAAGCAACGUGGACCGAAUACACUACGCAAAGACCAGCUCUUUGAAAUCAAAUUUCAUGGCCUGCCCAAGCGCAAGAAGCGCGAACUCGAGACGACUCUUCGAGAAUUCGCUGCUAAUCUGGAAAACUCUCCUCCAGUCUCAUCACAGCUGAAAAAGUCGCCAAACGAAAAGAUGCAUUUUGGUUCCGGCUCCAAGCAUGCCUCGUCCUCUUCUGGCUCUAACAUGCGCCCAAUGGACUCGGCGUAUGCCUCCAUGUCAACCGGUGCGAACUCUGUAGGCGUGUCUCUUGGCCGUCAUGCCAGCAUCCAGAACGGCAUCAGAUCCUCGGAACAAAAGGUAGAAAGCUACCUUCGAGACAUUCCUGAAGGCCUAUACCCAAAACAUGUUGCCAUGACAGACAAGGACAGAAAAAAGGUCGUUGUUCGUCGACUCGAGCACCUCUUUACCGGAAAGAUUAAUGCCAGUCAGGCUCGCAAGCAGCUGCCCCUGCACACAAUACCUCAACAAUUCCAAUCAGCCGCUUCACUGGCUACGCCCUCUAUCCCUUCACUUACUUUGGAGGCUGCGCAGACUGCUUCCGUGCAACCACAAUAUACAGUAGAUGGCAAAUUUGAGCCUUCUCGAGAGGCGCGCAUACUUCCACCCGGAAGCUCAAAGAAGAAGAACCGAUCCCGGGACAAUGGUUCAGCCUCACACUCCAACGGAGAUCAGACAGAAUCCACCGGUAAUAGUAACGGAAGCGCCAAUAAUGGCUCUCCGCCAGACGCAUCACCCCCGGAACAGCGACCAACUCGGCCAAACGACCUCGACCCUGACCGGGCCCAAAUACCCGCUGACAAUAUCGAAUAUAUUCGACAUCUGGGAUUGGUUCCUCCCGAACUUCUCCCUGAUGCCACUCAGGAAGCUCCGGAUGUUUCACCUGAUGCCGAGGGCUGGGUGUAUUUGAACUUGCUCUGCAACCUGGCGCAGCUGCACAUGAUCAAUGUCACUCCUGACUUUGUUCGUGCUGCCGUGUCUGAGAUUAGCACAAAGUUCCAACUGUCGCCUGACGGUCGCAAGAUUCGGUGGCGCGGCGGCUCAGAAGGCACCAGGCUCACGAGCGACAGCUCUGCUGAAAGCUCUCAGAAAAGCGCGCGACUAAGUAGUGGCGGUUUCAAGGGAUCGAGGAAGUCGAAGAGCAAACGGCAGAAGACUGGCCACUCAAUGGGUGACUCUGGCAGCUCCAGCAAGGACGCUUCCAAGUUUGGUCCGCAGGCCUCCUUCUCGUCGGACAGUUUUCACUACAAGCCGCUCUUUGUUCGCCAGGACUCUCCAAACGGUGUUGCCUCUUUCGACGACACCUUGUCGUCUUUUGGCCCAGUUGAAGACAGCAACUUGGGCGAGUCGAGAUACAAUUUGAGUGGCUCAAGCUCAUGGAACCGAAAGAAGCGUCGCCAUGAUGGCGCCAUCAUUUAUUACAGUGGCGCGCCUUUCUGCACUGACCUUUCUGGUGACCCCGGUGAUGCUUCACCAGCGACGUACAUGAUGUCAAGCGUACAAGUCGCAACGGAAAGCUUAACACGAGCACAUCGGCCAUUGUAUAGAUCUCCAUCGGGAUCGAACAUAGGCAUUCGACCACUCAGUCACCCGAUUCUCCUAGCUACGGCAGAUGUAGCCCUGAAGACAGACGAGGAGGAAGACCCACCCGGCUUUGCCACGGACUCGGGCGACGAAACCAGCGAGGCGGAUAUGGAGCUUUCUUGGUCUGAUGAAGCUCAGUAUCUCGAGCUCCAUCCUCUGGAGCCUUGUGGAUUGGGUGGUGUACUACCAGAGGAUCACUUCAUGGUGGUGGUGACAACGAAGCGGCCCAAAGUGGAUGCAGCAAAGGCCAUUACCAAGCACGGUGAGGGAGGCUGGGUUGCAACCACGGACAAUAUUAUACUUAGAUUGGCGGUCAUGUCAACAUCAUCGCCAGCGCCUCAGCAAUUACCGCCAUCGCAAUGCAGCUCCCCCGAGGUGGAAAUUGAAUACACGUCGGGGCGGAUCAAGAGACUGGCACCGGUGCCACUACCACCACCAGUUAUCUUCUUCCCGCCGUUCAGUAGCGACGACGAGUACGAUUACGACGAGUUAUCGGAUUCGGAGCAACAGUCAAAUUCGAUGCCAUUGAUCUCGGAGGGACUUGCAAGCCGCCGAUGCUUGGAGCAAUCGGACGACUAUCCGGACGGUGUUGAUCUGAGCAGCGGCGACGAGGAGGGCGAUGACCCCGACGAUGAAUCUGGAGCGGAGAGGAUGUAUGACCGGCCCGUGGGUGAUGAGGUGGCGGUCAUGAUACCCCUAGAUGGAACGGCGCGCCACUCGAUUGGCAGCUCGGUGGCUGCUGCGGGGACGCCGAGGGGUCGGACCAAGAGCCCUUCUAGCAGCGACGAUGAGGAAGAGGAAUGA